CGGCCCGCACGCCACCUCAUGAUAAGUUGGCUAACACUGGAGGCACGUCCUCUGUGCAUUGACUAAAGGGAUUUGGUUGUGCAAACAUUCUGUCGAAUUUUAGGCAGUGGCGGACCUCAUGAUCGCGUUUGUCAUGUCAUUUUUCCUCAACAGGCGUCGCACUGGGUUCCGACAGACUGAUACGAUGUUACGAAAGUUAACUGUAUAUUCAAUCAACACUGGCCUGCUGACUAGUGCUCUGGCAUUGGUCGUCAUGUUUGCUUUUGCAUUCUACGGCUUCCACUUCGUCCACUUGAUGUUCAUCUUGCCGCUCGGAGGUGUCUAUACAGCGUCCCUUUUGGCAAAUCUACAUUCACGCUCGAGACUCUGGGGGGAACUUCAGCCCGGAGAAAAUGUAAACCGCCUUUCUCCCGGGGUACGCAACCAGACAAGUGCUAUCUCUCAAUCCGUGUAAGGGUGUUAUUCGGAUGGAUAGACCAAACGAUCAGCAGUGCGAGUCCGUCACGUCAAACAAAGAUAGAGGCAAAGCAAUAAAUAAUUUGGGUCCUAAUUUCCUCAUUUGAACAUGUCUCAGUGAGUUUAGUGAUCGGAUUAGGAUCGAAUAUAUGGGGGAUUUCGUUGCUAAAUGCGACAGGUAGUCCAACCGAUCAUUGAAAGGCU